AUGUCCACCAACGAGAAAGUUGGACAUACCGAGGCUCCUAUCAAGGAGACCAACAAAGUUGCUGGUGAUGCUCCAGCCCUCGACGAUGCUCCCGAGAAGAAGAAGAGAGAGUACAAGGAGAUGGAACAUGAGAAAACCGGUGAUCUCCAUGCCAAAGUUGAUAUGAACACUAUCCAAUUCACUGCCACUGAUCUUUAUGACAAAGACAAGGUCGACAUUGAGCACGUUGUCAUGGAGGAAGUCUUCCAACUUCUUCAAUGUGACGAAGGUGGUUUGACCGAGGCUGAAGCCACUGACCGUAUCGGUAUCUUCGGUCCCAACAAGCUUGAGGAAAAGAAAGAGAACGUCCUUCUUCAAUUCCUUUCAUUCAUGUGGAACCCUCUUUCAUGGGUCAUGGAAGGUGCUGCCCUUGUCGCCAUCGCUCUUUCCAACGGUGGAGGUCAACCCCCAGAUUGGCAAGAUUUCGUCGGUAUUAUCUUACUUUUGAUCAUCAACUCCACCAUUGGUUUCGUCGAAGAACGAAAUGCUGGUAACGCUGUCAAGGCUCUUAUGGACUCUCUUGCCCCCAAGGCUAAAGUAAAGCGAGACGGUAAAUGGCGAGAUAUCGAAUCUGCCGAUUUGGUUCCAGGUGAUGUUAUUGCCUUCAAACACGGUGAUAUCUGCGCUGCCGAUUGUCGACUUACCGAGGCCAUUGAUGUCUCCAUGGAUCAAGCUGCUCUUACUGGUGAAUCUCUUCCUGUCUCCAAGAAACUCGGUGACGAGUGUUUCUCCGGUUCCACCUGUAAACAAGGUGAAGUCGAAGCUGUCGUCAUUUCCACUGGACCCAACACAUUCUUCGGUCGUGCUGCCACCCUUGUCGGUCAAGACAAUGACCAGGUCGGCCACUUGCAGAUGGUUUUGGCCCGAAUCGGUACCUUCUGUCUUGUCUCUAUUGGUAUCUUCGUUGUCCUCGAAAUUGUUAUCUUGUACCCCAGAUUCCACUACACUUACCGACGAGGUCUCAACUCCAUCCUUGUCUUGCUCAUUGGUGGUAUCCCCAUUGCUAUGCCUACUGUCUUAUCCGUCACCCUUGCUGUCGGUGCCCAACAACUCGCCAAACACAAGGCCAUUGUUACCCGAAUUACUGCCAUUGAAGAACUUGCUGGUGUGACCAUCCUUUGUUCCGACAAGACCGGUACCCUUACCACCAACAAGCUUACCAUCGACAAGGAAAACGUCAAAUGUUACUCUUCCUGGGACGUUGAGGGUGUCUGUCUCCUCGCCGCCUACGCUUCCCGAACUGAAAACCAAGAUGCCAUUGAUGGUUGUGUUGUCGGUACCCUUGCCAACCCCGGUCUUGCCCGAGAAGGUAUUGAACUUCUUGACUUCAAGCCUUUCAACCCCGUCGACAAGCGAACCGAAAUUACUUACCGAGACAACCGAGACGGUGGUAAGCUCAAGCGAGCCACUAAAGGUAUGACUGGUAUCAUCAUUGAAAUCUGUUCCCGAAACAAGACCUCUGCCAUGGAAGACCAACUUGAAGCCGAUGUCGAGGAAUUCGCCCGACGAGGUCUCCGAGCCCUUGCUGUUGCCCACGAGGAUGUCACCGGUGAUGCUAAAGAUGGUCAAGGAAACGGUUUCGAGCUCGUCGGUCUUCUUUCCAUUUUCGACCCUCCUCGAUCUGACACCAAACAAACUAUCGAUGAUGCCAUGGCUCUCGGUGUAAAGGUCAAGAUGGUUACUGGUGAUCAACUCGCUAUUGCUAAAGAAACCGGUCGACGACUUGGUCUCGGUGAUCACAUGUACCCUGCCAAGGUUCUCAAAGACGGUCCUGAAGCUGGAUCCAAGCAUGCCAACCUCGAUGAAAUGAUCAUGGAUGCCGAUGGUUUCGCUGGUGUCUUCCCCGAGCACAAGUUCGAGAUUGUCAAGCGAAUUCAGGCUCUCGGUCACUUGUGUGCCAUGACUGGUGAUGGUGCCAACGAUGCUCCUGCUCUUUCCCGUGCCAACGUCGGUAUCGCUGUCGAAGGUGCCACCGAUGCUGCUCGAGGUGCUGCCGAUAUCGUCCUUACCGAACCCGGUCUUUCUACCAUUGUCCACGCUAUCUACGGUUCUCGAGUCAUUUUCCAAAGAAUGAGAAACUAUGCCAUCUAUGCUUGUGCCGUUACCAUUCGAAUCGUCGUCUGUUUCGCCAUCAUGUCUUUCAUCUGGCAAUUCGACUUCCCAUCGUUCAUGGUUUUGAUCAUUGCGGUCCUUAACGACGGUACCAUCAUGACCCUCUCCCUCGAUCGAGUACUUCCUUCCACCACUCCAGACUCUUGGGAUCUUGCCGAAGUUUUCGCUUACGGUAUCGGUUACGGUCUUUACCUCUCUGUUUCCACCAUUGCUCUCUUCGCUGUCAUGCACUCUACCGACUUCUUCGAGAACAAGUUCGGUGUUGAAGCUAUUAAAGAAACCAACGACUACCGAGGACACAUGGUUAUCUACCUUCAAGUCGCCAUUAUCUCUCAAGCUCUUAUCUUCGUCACUCGAUCUCACGGACCUUCAUGGACUGAACGACCUUCAAUUGCCCUCAUGCUUGCUUUCUGUCUCGCUCAAUUGAUCUCUUCUAUCAUUGCCGCUUUCGGUAACUGGGGUUUCACUCAAGUCCACGCCAUCUCUGGUGGUUGGAUUGGUAUCGUUUGGGUUUGGAACAUCAUUUGGUACUUCCCUCUCGAUGCCCUUAAGUUCCUCAUGAAGAAGACCAUCAUUGCUGCUCUUCAAAAACGAAAGGCCAAGAAGGCUGCCGCUGCCACUAUCUCCAACACUGGAGAUCGACUCCAACGAACUGCUUCCAGACACGAAUCUAUGUACUCCAACCGAACCUCUUUCCUCUCAAGAGCCGCUAACCGACUCAGAGGUGGUGCCAAGAUCUCCAUGUCUCAAAACGAGCUUCAACGAUUCUCCUCCAUUCAAGCUCAACAAUCCGGUGCCGCUCUUACCCGAGCUCACUCUAGGCCCGCUGCCGCAUAA